AUGCAGCAGCCGGGCGGCGCGGACGGGAGCCUCCCGCUGCUGCUGCCGCUGCUGCUGCUGCUGCGAGCGGGGAGCCGCGCCGAGCCCGGGGACGCCACGCAAGGAGUGAAUUCCUCGCUUGUUGCUGAUUUUAUGCCCACGUCCUCAUGGAACAUCUCAAGUGAAUUAGAUAAAGAUUACUUCCUGACGCUGGACGAGCCCAUGAACAACAUCACCACCACGCUGGGGCAGACGGCAGAGCUGCACUGCAAGGUGUCGGGGAACCCGCCUCCCACGGUGCGCUGGCUGAAGAACGACGCGCCCGUGGUGCAGGAGCCGCGCAGGAUCUCCUUCCGCGCCACCCCGUACGGCUCCCGCCUGCGCAUCCGCAACCUGGACACCACCGACACCGGCUACUUCCAGUGCGUGGCCACCAACGGCAGGAGGACCGUGUCCACCACCGGCGUGCUCUUCGUCAAGUUCGGUCCCCCGCCAACAGCGAGCCCAGGAUCCUCGGAUGAGUAUGAGGAGGAUGGGUUUUGCCAGCCCUACAGGGGCAUCGCCUGCGCCCGCUUCAUUGGCAACAGAACCAUCUACAUGGAGUCCCUGCACAUGCAGGGGGAGAUAGAAAAUCAGAUUACAGCUGCCUUCACCAUGAUCGGCACCUCCAGCCACCUGUCGGACAAGUGCUCCCAGUUUGCCAUCCCCUCCCUGUGCCACUACGCCUUCCCCUACUGCGACGAGACCUCCUCUGUCCCCAAGCCGCGGGACCUGUGCCGGGACGAGUGCGAGAUCCUGGAGAACGUGCUGUGCCAGACCGAGUACAUCUUCGCCAGGUCCAACCCCAUGAUCCUGAUGAGGCUCAAGCUGCCCAACUGUGAGGAUCUGCCCCAGCCCGACAGCCCCGAGGCCGUCAACUGCAUCCGCAUCGGCAUCCCCAUGGCCGACCCCAUCAACAAGAAUCACAGGUGCUACAACAGCACGGGCGUGGAUUACCGGGGCACGGUGAGCGUGACGCGCUCGGGGCGGCAGUGCCAGCCCUGGAACUCGCAGUACCCCCACACCCACACCUUCACUGCUGCCCGGUACCCCGAGCUCAACGGGGGCCACUCCUACUGCAGGAACCCUGGCAACCAGAAGGACGCCCCGUGGUGCUUCACCUUGGAUGAGAACCUCAAAUCAGAGCUCUGCGAUGUCCCGGCCUGCGAUUACAAGGAUUCCAAGGAAAAGAACAAAAUGGAAAUCCUGUACAUCCUGGUGCCAAGUGUCACCAUUCCCCUGGCCAUAGCCUUGCUGUUCUUCUUCAUCUGCAUCUGUCGCAACAACCAGAAAUCCUCGUCCCCUCCAGUGCAGAGGCAGCCCAAGCACGUGCGGGGGCAGAACGUGGAGAUGUCCAUGCUCAACGCCUACAAACCAAAGAGCAAAGCCAAGGAGCUGCCCCUCUCCGCCGUGCGCUUCAUGGAGGAGCUGGGCGAGUGCGCCUUUGGGAAGAUCUACAAGGGCCACCUCUACCUGCCGGGCAUGGACCACGCCCAGCUGGUGGCCAUCAAGACCCUCAAGGACUUCAACAACCCUCAGCAGUGGGCGGAAUUCCAGCAGGAGGCGUCGCUGAUGGCCGAGCUGCACCACCCCAACAUCGUGUGCCUGCUGGGCUGCGUGACGCAGGAGCAGCCCGUGUGCCUGCUCUUCGAGUACACCAACCAGGGCGACCUGCACGAGUUCCUGGUGAUGCGCUCGCCCCACUCGGACGUGGGCUGCAGCAGUGACGAGGACGGCACGGUCAAGUCCAGCCUGGACCACGGGGACUUCCUGCACAUCGCCGUGCAGAUCGCCGCCGGCAUGGAGUACCUGGCCGGGCACUUCUUCGUGCACAAGGACCUGGCCGCCCGCAACAUCCUGAUCGGGGAGCAGCUCCACGUGAAGAUCUCCGACCUGGGGCUCUCCAGGGAGAUCUACUCGGCCGAUUACUACAGGGUGCAGAACAAGUCCCUGCUGCCCAUCCGCUGGAUGCCCCCCGAGGCCAUCAUGUACGGCAAGUUCUCCUCCGACUCCGACAUCUGGUCCUUCGGGGUGGUUUUGUGGGAAAUAUUCAGCUUUGGCCUCCAGCCCUACUACGGGUUCAGCAACCAGGAGGUGAUCGAGAUGAUCCGGAAGCGGCAGCUGCUGCCGUGCUCCGAGGACUGUCCCCCCAGGAUGUACAGCCUGAUGACGGAGUGCUGGCACGACCUGCCCUCGCGCAGGCCGCGCUUCAAGGAGAUCCACGCGCGCCUGCGCUCCUGGGAGGGCCUCUCCAGCCACACCAGCUCCACCACCCCCUCGGGCGGCAACGCCACCACGCAGACCACCUCGCUGAGCGCCAGCCCCGUCAGCAACCUCAGCAACCCGCGGUACCCCAACUACAUGUUCCCGGCGCAGGGCAUCCCGCAGGGGCAGCUGGCGGGGUUCAUGGCGCCGCCGCUGCCGCAGAACCAGCGCUACAUCCCCAUCAACGGCUUCCCCAUCCCGCCGGGCUACGCCGCCUUCCCCGCGCCCCACUUCGCCCCGCCGGCCGCGCCCAGGGUGAUCCAGCACUGCCCCCCGCCCAAGAGCCGCUCGCCCAGCAGCGCCAGCGGCUCCACCAGCACGGGCCACGUCACCAGCCUGCCCUCGUCGGGCUCCAACCAGGAGGCCAACAUCCCCCUGCUGUCCCACAUGGCCAUCCCCAGCCACCCGGCCGGCAUGGGCAUGGCCGUGUUUGGCAGCAAAACUCAGAAACCCUACAAAAUGGACUCCAAGCAGUCCUCCCUGCUGGGGGACUCCAGCGUGCACGGACCCAACGAGUCGGUGAUCUCGGCCGAGUUGUAA